AUGGCUUCUGGUGACAAUCCUCGUUUACCAUUAACAUCUGGCGCUUCACCAAUUGUUAAAUACACUGAAAUGCGCAGUCAUACAGAUAUACCCUCAACAACUAUUACUAUGACGACAAUGCCAACUUCACCAUCACCGUUUUCUACUUCAACUGAUCCUAAUCAACCAAAAAAAGACAAUGGUUUAACAGUUGAUACAUAUGAACUUCGUCGAAUAUCAACACAAGAACGUCGUGUUAUGAAAAAGACUUUAAUGGCUAAUGUUGGUUAUCGUUUAGCUAAACGAAAAGAGCUACAUAUACAACGUCGGUUUAUUGGUGAUAUCAUGUGUUUUCUUGCUUUAUUGGGUAUUAUUCUAAUGAUAAUUGAAAAUGAAUUAACAUUUACUCGUCUUGUUCAUAAGGAUACAACAUUCAGUUUAUUUAUAAAGGCAACAAUAACAUUUACAACAAUACUUCUUGUCGGUCUUGUUUUUUAUUAUCAUCGUAUUGAUUUAAAUCUUUAUUGUGUUGAUAAUUCAAUUGAUGAUUGGCGCAUUGCAUUAACUCGUACGAAAAUAUUUUCAAUUUUAUUUGAAGCAUUUAUUUGUAUGAUACAUCCAAUACCAGGUCAUUUUCUUGUUGAAUGGAGUUCACAAUAUGUUAAAAAAGUUGAAACAAGUUUUAAUUUUGUUAAUGCACAUCGACCAAUACCGGAUUCAUUAAGUACACCAACAUUAUUAAAUUCAACAAUGACAUUAACAACACAAAUAAAACCAGCAGAUGAUGAUGAGCUUCCACAAUCCUAUGUACCAAUUGAUGUUAUGCUUAGUUUACCAAUGUUUUGUCGAUUAUAUCUGGUUUGUCGUUUAAUAAUGCUUCAUUCUCAUUUGGUACGUGAUGCAUCAUCACAAUCACUUGGUUAUCUUAAUCGAGUUUCAUUUAAUUUUCCGUUUAUUAUUAAAUCAUAUAUGAAACGAAGACCAGCACUUUGUUUAACAUCAAUCUGUAUUAGUACUUUUUUUAUUGCAAGUUGGGCUAUGCGUGCAUGUGACUAUAAUGUUAAAAAAGGACAUAUGUCAAUGCUUGAUGCAACAUGGUUAUUUAUUAUUUCUUUUACAACAAUUGGUUAUGGAGAUAUAGUACCAUCAACAUAUUGUGGGCGAGGUAUUGCUGCUUUAACAGGCAUCAUCGGUGUAUUUGCAACUGCUCUUCUUGUUGCUGUCAUUUCACAAAAACUUGAAUUAACAAGAUCAGAAAAAUAUGUGCAUAAUUUUGUGGCAAGUAUUGAAUUAGCUAAAGCACAUAAAGAUCAAGCUGCAAAUGUUGUUAAAUAUGGUUGGAAAGUUUGGUAUUUACGACGAAAAGGUAAAUCCAGAUUUAUUCAAUGUAUUCAAGCACAACGUAAAUUAUUAACAUCAAUACAAUUGGUUCGACAUAUUAAACAACGACAACGUAAAUUGGCUGAUAAUUAUGUUAGUUUGCUUGAAUUAUUUACUAUACAACGUAGUACAAGUGCAGUUACUGAUGAAACCUCACAACGGGUUGUUAUAAUGGAACAAAAAGUUGAUAAAAUGGAAGACAAACUUAUUGAAAUUAGCCAAGGAAUGCUGAACCUGCAAGAUAAACUUAAUAUUCUAUUGGAUAGAAUAACAAAAAGAUAA